AUGGGACAAGCUCAGUCCGGUGAUAGUGGCAGGCAUGUUAGCACCGAACAAUUGAGCCACGAGCUGGCUCUCAAAUUCGCAAAACGCUGCUUCACCCCCCUCGAACUCUACUCCUUCCAAGAUGUCUUCCGCAGCCUGGCCGACCACCAAGGCUCUAUCGCAUACCUCAAAGAAGACACCAUCGCGCGCUUCCUCGAGAUCCCAGACGUAAUAGGCGUCUCUUCCAUCGUCUUUCAGAUGGUGUCAUAUCUGGGUGCUUUCCCAUUCGGUCAAGAUGCGCCGGUGGUGUUGGGGUUCGAGCAGAUGGUUAUGGUGGUUGUUAUUAUGACGGAGAGAUAUCAGAGGGUACUGAAGAAAGGCAAUCGGGAUCGUACAAAGUUGCUAUUUCGAAGUCUGGCCGUGUUUGAUAAUAAAGCUUUACAAACCCACGGCGAGAAGUCAGUAGAGGAUGGAAGUGAUGAUACUGCUGGGGCACACAAAGAGGCUCCUAGGAGUCAUGUUCGGGGCUUCGCUAUAGACGAAUCUGCGAAUGAUGAGGAUGACGAAGACGAUGAUGACUUGGCUCUUGCGGCUCUGGAGUCUCUAGAUGCCAUCGAAGUCUUCAGACAUGGAGACGCUCCAAUUGCCCAAGCAUCAAUACCAUCAGACAACCUCAAGAAGCUCAUCAUGCUUUUGCUCCUAGUAGCCCCACUAGGCACUCAGGAGAACCUGGCCCGGCAUACGGAAAGGCUAUCUGGCGAGCAACUAGAGGGCCUCCGGAAAACUGCAGACAACAUCCUGGCAGCAUUUGUGAACGUGGAGAAAUUUCCUGGAGUCAAGAUACAUCAAUUUAAUACUGUGAUACCCAUCUCUCUACCAUUUCUCUUUGGUGGCUUCAACCCGCUAUUUGAGCAUUUUUUAUUUUCUAAGAAUAUCGACUUUACGAAACGAAAAGAUGGCGCUGAUGCUCCUAUCUCUGCCCCUGCUUCGCAAGAAGAUCAACCGCUUCUUUCGCAGACGGGGGAGAUUCUAGAUCUGAAUGUUUUGUCUCAGCUAUCUUUUUUUCUCCCUGGCGAGUCGCUGUUUAGACGUCUUCGACUGCUGUAUUCAGGUGGUGAUGCUGGGUUCUCACUAGGGAGCUUUGAGACCAAAGUCUUCAACUGGCGAGCACCGACAAUCCUCCUAGUAUCUGGCAAUAGGAUAUCAGAUCCUCCUACAGGCGGCCAAGAGCGAGCAUUCUCAGAUACACUCCCACCAAAACGAUUCCAAGACAGUGGGAAAUCAGAUCAUGUAGUUUUUGGAGUAUAUCUUGGCCAGCCAUGGCAUCAAACACAUAAAGAAUGCUUUGGCGAUACAGAUAUUAAGCUGUUCCAGCUAGAACCUGUUCAUGAAGUCUUCCACGCCUCAUCGAUAAACACAGAUUACGUCUAUUUCGCCAAACCACCCUCUGCACAUUCUGGAAUCGGAUUCGGCUGCCCACAUCCAAAAGCCAAGCAAACGUCCGGGCUUACUACACAUGUGAACCUCGGUGCCGUCUCCCUCUUGCUGGACUCCUCAUUUGAGUUUGGAGUCUUCACUCAUAACUACACAUCCGGUGGAGGAGCGUUCCGCAACAGUGAGACUAGGAAGUACGAUUUUCAAGACCGGUUUGAGAUUGAGAGUCUCGAGGUUUGGGGAUGUGGCGGUGAUGCGGAGGCAGAACAGCAGAGGCAGAGGUGGGCUUGGGAGGAGAGGGAGGCGGAGGCUAGGAGGAGGGUAAAUCUUGGGACGGGGGAUGUUGAUGCUGACAGGGCGCUUCUGGAGAUGGCGGGGCUUAUUGGGGGGAAUAGGAGUGGUGGGUCUAUGAAUUAG